CAAUGAGCCCAAACCUGCCCAUGAACACAUUUGAUCCAGCCAUGGAUGAGCAAUCAGUCAAUCCAAAACAUCAGACUGAAGCUGCAGAUCCUGCCAGCAACUAUACAGCCUUAAUGAGCUCCAAUCAGUUCAUGAACACCUCUGAUCUAGAACCAGAUGAGCAAUCAGUCAAUCCAGAACAUCAGACUGAAGCUGCAGACCCAGCCAACAAGUACACAGCCUCAAUGAGCCCCAGUCUGCUUAUGACCACCUCCGAUCCAGGCUCUGAUGAGCACACAAUCAAUCAGUUUCAUCACACUGAACCAGCAGAUCCGCCCAGCAUCAACACAGCCUCAAUGAGCCCCAUUCUUCUCAUGCCAACCUCUGAUCCAACCGAUGACCAGCAAUCAAUCAAUCCAGAACCUCAGACCGAACCUACAGAUCUACUCAUCAGUCAUGACACAGCUUCAGUGAGCUCCAUUCUGCUCAUGACCACUUCUGAAGCAAGUACUACAUCUGAUACAUCAACUACUCCAAAACUGAAGGGCUUCACGGAUCCACCCAGAAACAACAACACGGGACUUGUGUGUAUUUCUGUGCUUCCUCCACGACGGGGUUCUUACUACGUGGAGCAUGGUACGGGGGUGUCUGUGGGCUCAAUGCUUGUGUUCUGGUGUAAGGAAGGCUACCAGCUGGUUGGUCAUGAGAAAAUCACAUGCAUCUUGCAUGCGGGCGUCCCUCGAUGGAGCAACUACCUGCCAGUCUGUGAGAGUAUCCCUCGGCCAAAUGACCAGGGCUUGCGCAUUGCUUUACUGGUGUCAGUAGUGAGCGGGGUGGUCAUCCUCAUCAUGACCGUCUGCUUCAUCGUCUGUUGUUGUCAAGAGCACAUUAGCAAAAAGAAAGAAAAGCAUCGCACAGGCAGGAGCAGGAGAAGAGAAAUGCGGACCUCCAGGUCUCGGAGAAGCCCGUCCUGGUUGGAAAGAGAGCAUCUUGACUGGGAAGCAUUUCCUCCGCCAAAACUUUUCAGCCUCUCUCAACGUCUCGACCGACCGCUGCCUCCUGGUAGUCCUGUUUAUUCAGAGGUCAUCAGAUCCUAUGAGAACAGAGGCUACGAGCGGAGUCAGGAGAGUUUGCUGAGGAGCCCUAAUACUUCCUACCCAACAUACCCCGCUAACAGCCAAAUCUACCCAGCCCUCGUUUUCCAGAGGGUUCAAACUGAGCCAAACCCCUCCAGCUCUUCGACCAACCCAGUUUACGUACAGAUUGCUACACCUCCCAAAAACAAAACCCAUCACGCUUCUGUUACUCACCCAUAAAUACAAUAAUUAGUCCAUUUUCUCAUCAGCAGCACUGAAUGUGGACAAGACAAUACAGAAAACACAGGACAACA